AUGGGAGCGCCGGGGCGCGGCGGGACCCCCGGAGCCACGGGACCCCCGACCCCGGAAAGCGGGACCCCCGCAGCCCUCGGAGCCCAGGACGUGGGACCCCUGGGGCCCUCAGAGCCCCCGGGGCGGCGGGGGGGUGCACAGGUGUGUGUGUGCACAGGUGUGCACAGGUGUGUGUGUGUGUGCGCAGGUGUGCACAGGUGUGUGUGUGUGUGCACAGGUGUGUGUGUGCACAGGCGUGCACAGGUGUGUGUGUGCACAGGUGUGCACAGGUGUGUCCCCGGGUCCUGUCCCCAGGACGUCACGUGUGUGUCGGGGGGGUCCCGCUGCGCUGGGACACGCGUGUUGCUCCCCCCCGUCUGUGUGUGUGUGUGUGUGUGUGUGUGUGUGUGUGUGUGUGUGUCCCCGCCGUGUCCCCGCCGUGUGUCCCCGCCGGGACCCCCCCGGUGGCUGCGGGGCCCGGUGGCUCCGUGUGUGCCCCCCGUGUCCCCAGGGACGGCCCGGCUGAGGGAGGGUCGGGACCCUCCGUGUGCCCCCACCCCCGUCCGGCCGGGCCGUGCGUCCCCGAGCCCCCCACCCUGCACAAACGGGGGACACACGGCAGUGUCACCUCUGCACAGGGAGGGGACACACGGCAGUGUCACCCCCGCACAGGGAGGGGACACACGGCAGUGUCACCCCUGCACAGAGAGGGGACACACGGCAGUGUCAGCCCCGCACAAAUGGGGGACACACGGCAGUGUCACCCCUGCACAGCCGGGGGACACACGGCAGUGUCACCCCUGCACAGAGAGGGGACACACGGCAGUGUCAGCCCCGCACAAACGGGGGACACACGGCAGUGUCACCCCUGCACAGCGAGGGGACACACGGCAGUGUCAGCCCUGCACAGCGAGGGGACACACGGCAGUGUCAGCCCUGCACAGAGAGGGGACACACGGCAGUGUCACCCCCGCACAGCGAGGGGACACACGGCAGUGUCACCCCCGCACAGGGAGGGGACACACGGCAGUGUCACCCCUGCACAGAGGGGAUGCAGGGCUCCGGGGGCUGCACUGCCCGGCCGCCCCGUAGCGUGUGCUGUGUUUGUCCCGUGUCACCCCUGCAUGUCACCCCCGCGUAGGUGCCCCCAAUAAACCAGACAGAGACCCCCGGC